CUCCCGGUAGUGGGAGGAGUCACGCUCAAGCAGACGUGGCAACACGUGACGCCAUCAAAGAGGGUCGCUGGUUGAUGGGAGCGGUACGCUAGUCCAGCUAGCAGCUAUAUUCUGGGCUGAAGUGAAGGUAUAAGGUCAAGAAGAUGAUGGAAGAGAGUGGAAUCGAGACUACGCCUCCUGCCAGCCCUACACCACCUCUGACUAUGGCUGCCACAGUCAGCGCCCCGCCAAUCACCAUAGGUUUGUCCAGCCCUCUGUCCCUCCCCGGCACCAGCUCCAUCGGUUCCCCCGCAGUCUCCACCGCUUUCUCCCCUGUUCCCUCCCUCCCUGCUUUCAGCAGCCCUAUGGCCACAAACCCCUCUCUGUCCUCCCCGUUCCCCCCGCCGUCCACGCUCGCCUCCCCGUUCGCCAGCGGCUCUCCGUUUCCGCCUCCCACCUCUGGCUCUUUCCCCCCUCUGGCCUCUCCCAUCGGGCCACCUCCCCUUUCGGCUCCCGGCAUGUCGGCCCCUCCCACAGGCCCGCCCGUAUCCAGCUUCUCCAUGAGUGCAGGCUAUGACAUCACACGGGGUCACGCCGGUCGUACUCCGCAGACACCGCUGAUGCCGACGUUCUCCAGUCCUGCUGCCAUGCCAGGUGUGGGACCAAACCCCAUGGUUCAGCAGCCAGCCAUGACAGGCGGAUUAGAUCCUGGAUCUCCUAUCACUUUCCCAGAGGAGCAGGACGAUCCCAGAGGACCUGGACACACCAACGCUGGUGGAGGCAUCUGGGGCUUUUUUAAGGGAGUAGCAGGCAACACUGUGGUAAAGACAGUCCUGGACAGAACCAAGCACUCUGUGGAGUCCAUGAUCACCACUCUGGAUCCUGGCAUGGCUCCAUACAUCAAGUCUGGUGGGGACAUUGACAUUGUGGUGACUUCUGAUGAGAUGAACGUGGAGGCUGUCAGAGACGCCUUCCAGGAGGUUUUUGGGAUGGCCAUGGUCACUGGAGAGCCCGGUCAGUCUAACAUCGCCCCGCAGCCGGUGGGCUACGCAGCCGGAGUCAAGGGGGCUCAGGAACGCAUUGACAGCCUGCGUCGAGCCGGUGUGAUCCACGAGAAGCAGCCGGUGGUCUCUCUGGAAAACUUCAUUGCUGAGCUCUUCCCCGACAAGUGGUUUGACAUCGGCUGUCUGAUCCUGGAGGACCCCGGUCACAGCAUCCACAUCGAGGUCUUCACGCAGGCAACCCCUGUGGCCCUAGAUCACGUCCAACAGGCUCAGUCGCUGACCCCCCCGGACUACAGCCUGCGCUGGUCCGGCCUGAUCGUCCCAGUGGGCGAGGUGCUGGAGCGCAGCCUGCCAAACGUCAGCCGGACAGACUGGCACCAGGCCAUGACGGGCAUGGCCCGGCGCCAGAUGAUCCAGAGCGCCGCCAAAGCCCUGGCUGGUAUCUACAAACAGCAGCUCCCCCCCAGGACUGUGUGAGGCCUAAUGCUUCCACUUCCUGUCACAUACCGGGAGGAGGCGGAGACACGUUGGAGGAGAAAGUGGCUGAUGGAACAGCAAGCUUCCCUGGUAUCUCCCGUCCACCCGCCAGCCACAUGUCCUCGUGGAGCAAAGCCAAAUGGACAUUUCUUUAAAACCGAUGUUUACUGACCCCCCCCAUAUAUCAGCAGGCUCUCACUGAGGGGCCCCCCUUACCUAAUCUAUGUCAGGGCAUAGGCAGCAUACAACUUCCCCAGUGGAUUACUCACAUCAAGACAAUUAUUUUUGUAGGUUUUCUGAUAUUUUAAAAUUUUAAUUUAAAAUAAUGCAAAUGAGGCAUUAUUUUAUUAAAAUGUAUUUCAAAGACAGAAAUGGGAACAUUAAUAAUAUGAAGCCUGGUUCAAAGUUCUAGUUUCAUUUUGUUGACACAGAGGGAAUUAGUCAG